CAAUAGUUGAUGAAAAUUUGCCGUGAGUCCAUAUCGCCCCUAUGCCAGGUUGCCAUCUUCCACCUGGGGUGAGUCAGGUGAGGUGGAAUAAGCUUGUUUCGCUUCCAGCUGCUAACAGCAGAGGGCGCACCGAGUCCACUUCCUGCCUCCACAGGGUCCCAUCAUCCCGGGUCACGUGACUAACGGACUCCUCUCUGCCGACUUGUUCCCAUCUCCCACAGUCAUGGCGGUGUCGGGGAGUCGCGGAGAUGUAGUAAACAGCACCGCUACCACGUCUUGAUUGUUUAUCCCCCCCCGCCCCCCCAGCUCCCUCUUGUAGCCUCUCGCCGGAUCGUCACCUGCUGCCCUUCGAGCUCAUCAGAUCCACCCCGCUGGCUGCGGAGCCUCCGAAGAUGACCGACCGCGGCGUUGAUCUGUCGGCUCUGCCGAAAGAGGUCAGGGACCAGCUGGCGGAGCUGGACCUGGAGCUGUCCGAAGGUGACAUCACUCAGAAGGGCUACGAGAAGAAGAGGACUAAACUCCUGGCUCCCUACAUUAUCCAAACUCCAGUGGCGCCCCCUCAGAACGACGCACAGCCCCCUGCUCCCAGUUCGUCCAGCCACGUCCCCGCUUCGGCCCCCGCCAACUCGUCCCGGUACCGUGAACGCCGCUCUCGCCGGACGCAUCGCAACGGAGGAACCAGGGAUGACCGCUACAGAUCAGAUAUCCAUACAGAGGCUGUCCAAGCUGCACUGGCUAAAAACAAAGAGGAAAAAAUGGCGCUGCCAAUGCCAACCAAGCGCCGCUCCACUUAUGUGCAGUCCCCCAUUGAAACCCGCACACCACCAGAUUCCUCGUCAGGGUCUGAAGAUGAGAUGUCUGCACGCAGGCAGUCUUCGGCGGUCGCUCCUCAGCCUCAAGUCCAUCCCAACCUGCAGAGCUCGGACUACUGGAUGAACCGCUCCGCCCAGGGCUCCUCCACCUCGUCCUCCGCGUCCUCCACGAUGUCUCACGGUGAGGCCAAGCCUCAGGCGCAGAGCCAGCCUCAGCCGCAGUACAAGCCGCAGUACCAGCCGCUGUAUCAGCCUCACCAUCAGCCCCAGCAGCAGCAACCUCCGCAGCAACCUCACCGCCAGCCUCAGGAGCAGAGCCGCGCUGCAGCCGUGGCGGACAUGCUGGCUCACAGUCGCAUUGGUGAGGAAGGGUUUGAUGAAAUAUUCAUGGACACAAAAGUGUUGCAUUUGUCCUACAAGUUGCUCCCGCAGUCAGUUUGCUAAGGACCCUGAGAAGUC